ACCUACUUGCGCCUUCAACAUAGCUUUUCGUAGCCUACAUUGCUAGGGAGGAUGAUUGUAGAAGUCGACCCGCGACCACGACAUGGCAUUUGAGGUGUCGUACAACCUCGAGAAUGAGCAACAGUUCUGGGAUGAGCUCGACGAUAUCGUGUCGACGCGCUGUCAGGAACACGAGAUCAUCGACAACUCUCUUCGCUCCUUCCUCAAUGUCACCACCAGCUACAAAUCCGAAUACCUUCAGACCGAUUACAGCGUUGCGAAAUGCGUCUUUCGCCUACUGGAGGGCGAGCUCUUCGCGGCGCACAAGGAAUACGUUCGGCGACAGAUAAUAUAUUGCCUCUUGCAGGAGGAUGAUAACCCUACGCUUCAUGUAGUGGCUGCAGUUCUCCUAUACGACGGUCGCAAUAGCAACGACGAUGUGAUUUUCGAGAUGAUGCACUCCGAAGGCACAUUUCCCCGCCUCGUUGAAUUGGUACAGCUUCAGGCCGUGCAGGAGGAUACAAGGCUGCAUCAACUGCUCCUCGAGCUUUUAUACGAGUCUUCGCGUAUACAGCGGUUGACUUGGGAAGAUUUCUUGGCAGUUAAUGAUCAGUUCAUUAUCUACCUCCUAGGGAUCAUUGAAGGCGUUUCCGACGACGCCGAAGAUCCUUAUCAUUACCCAGUAAUACGCGUUCUGCUGGUUUUGAACGAGCAAUAUCUGGUGGCUUCUACAAAUCAGCAGAACAACGGUCGAUCUGGGGUUACCAAUCGCGUCAUCAAAGCCAUAUCCACCCAUGGCAUGACUUACAAGACUUUCGGGUGCAAUCUUAUCCUUCUUUUGAACCGGGAGUCGGAGACAUCCCUUCAGCUAUUGAUUCUCAAAGUCCUAUAUCUUAUCUUUGGAAACCCUUCGACAGCCGAGUACUUCUACACGAACGAUCUCCAUGUCUUGGUCGACGUCAUCCUUCGGAACCUUAUCGACCUCCCUCACGAAUCGCCUGCUGCGAGCGCCCUGCGGCACACCUAUCUGCGGGUGCUCAAUCCGAUCCUGACUAACAGCCAGAUUAGCAGGCCGCCCUAUUACAAACGCGAAGAGCUUCUGAGACUCUUCCAUCUUCUUGUCACGAGCGGUAACCACUUUGCACCCGUUGACGAAACCACUGUGCGGCUCGUACAACGUUGUACCAGUGUGCCGUGGUUGCAGCCGGCAGCAACCGUUGCAGAUGACGACUCGCCAACCAACGGGCACAACACAACACACUCUCCUGUCGAACACAUGGCAAACGGGCAGAAAGAACUUGCGCGGAGAGCCCUCGGCAUGAGCGUACAGGGCGGUGGCGAAAGCUCAACGAGUGUGCUUGAAAUCGCUACACAUACUGAAAAACCAGGAGUACAAACGCCAAGCCUGGGUAGGGUUGUACAUUGACAUCGUUGGCAACAUUCUUCAGCGUUCCUAACCGCAUUACCAUCUUGGGCUUCCGGGAGUUCGGGGUACUUGUUUAAGUUGAUUCAGAUAUCCACCUCAUUAUGACUAGAACGUAAUAUUUCUUUGGGCUAGCACGCAUACUUGCAUGGACGGCGUUUGGGCUAUGCAGCGUUCUGUGCUUCAUCAUGUGGACAGUUGUUCUCGAUCUUUUUGGCAAUAUUCGCCGACGCGUCGCAUUGACCGUACCAUGCUUGACGCCUAUAUACACUUUCCUCACCCUCUCGCCAUAGCUCCUCACACGUUCUCCUCACACAACUUCACUUAUAUCAUAGAUUCCUAGAACACAUGUGAACAUUCCGGAGUUCAUCAAGCUGGCCGACGCAUAACGACAACGAUCGGCAUUUCGUCAUAAAGCCAAGCUUGCCGAGCUGCUUGGAGGGAGGUUGCGCGCUCUACGGAAAGUUACACGAGGAACACACUCACCC